AGCCCAGCGCCGCCGCCGCCAUGGUGCUGUUGGCAGCAGCCGUCUGCACAAAGGCGGGGAAGGCCAUCGUCUCCCGGCAGUUCGUGGAGAUGACUCGGACCCGCAUUGAGGGGCUGCUGGCGGCUUUCCCGAAGCUGAUGAACACGGGGAAGCAGCACACUUUUGUGGAAACGGAGAGUGUGCGGUACGUCUAUCAGCCGAUGGAGAAGCUCUACAUGGUGCUGAUCACCACCAAGAACAGCAACAUCCUGGAAGAUCUAGAAACACUCCGACUCUUCUCUAGAGUGAUCCCUGAAUACUGUCGAGCUCUGGAGGAGAAUGAGAUCUCCGAACACUGCUUUGACCUGAUUUUUGCCUUUGAUGAAAUUGUGGCCCUGGGCUAUCGUGAGAACGUAAACUUGGCACAAAUUCGGACCUUCACUGAGAUGGACUCGCAUGAAGAAAAGGUGUUCCGAGCUGUCCGAGAGACUCAGGAACGUGAAGCAAAAGCUGAGAUGCGCCGUAAAGCAAAGGAAUUGCAGCAGGCCAGAAGGGACGCGGAGAGACAGGGCAAAAAGGCACCCGGUUUCGGUGGCUUUGGUAGCUCGGCCGUGUCUGGGGGCACAACGGCGGCGAUGAUCACGGAGACCAUCGUUGAAACGGAGAAGCCCAAAGUGGCACCAGCGCCUGCCAGGCCUUCAGGUCCCAGUAAAGCCUUGAAACUCGGCGCUAAGGGGAAGGAGGUGGACAACUUCGUGGACAAGCUGAAAUUGGAAGGAGAAAAUAUCAUGACUUCCGUAGGCAAGCGCUCUACGGAAGCAGCCAAAGUUCUGGCUCCUCCCAUUAACAUGGAGAGUGUGCACAUGAAAAUAGAGGAGAAAAUUUCCUUGACUUGUGGCCGUGACGGAGGGUUGCAGAACAUGGAGCUGCAUGGCAUGAUCAUGCUGCAUAUUUCCGAUGAAAAGUUUGCACGGAUUCGCCUGCAUGUAGAAAAUGAAGACAAGAGGGGAGUGCAGCUACAGACUCACCCAAACGUGGACAAGAAGCUCUUCACUGCAGAAUCGCAGAUUGGUUUGAAGAACCCAGAGAAGUCAUUCCCUAUUAACAGCGACGUGGGCGUGCUGAAGUGGAGGUUGCAGACCACGGAAGAGUCCUUCAUUCCACUGACAAUUAACUGCUGGCCGUCAGAAAGCGGGAACAGUUGUGAUGUUAACAUUGAAUACGAGUUGCAAGGGGAUAGCCUAGAGCUGAAUGAUGUGAUCAUCACCAUUCCCUUGCCGUCUGGUGUCGGCGCCCCAGUGAUUGGGGAGAUUGAUGGCGAGUAUCGCCAUGACAGCCGGAGAAAUCUCCUUGAGUGGUGCCUGCCAGUGAUAGAUGCCAAAAACAAGAGCGGCAGCCUGGAGUUCAGCAUAGCAGGGCAGCCAAAUGACUUCUUCCCAGUGCAAGUCUCCUUCAUCUCCAAAAAGAACUAUUGCAACAUACAGGUUACCAAAGUGACCCAGGUAGACGGGAACAGCCCUGUAAGGUUUUCUACUGAAACCACCUUCCUGGUGGACAGGUACGAAAUCCUGUAAUGCCGGCCGUGGGGAAUCACAAAGGAAGAAAUUUUUAAAUUAAAAAAAAAAAAACAAGGCCGAAAUUUAUUCUGAAUGUUGGGAACGCCGCAGCCCCCUCUCUGCUAAGACGCGUGGCUCUGUCUGCCAUCUGCAGCGUUCCUGGGUCACAGACAUUUUUGGCAGAGAAUUGACGUGCUCAUGGGGGGAAAGGCUACAAAUUUCUUUGGCAGAUUUUUACUGACCGGCAGAAAAGCAAGAUCUCUGCAGAGAACCUGGCUUUGACACAUCCCCUUCUCCCCUGAAGAUGACCGGAGCUCAGUCCCAGAGCCUACCAGACAUCGUUCUCUUCCUUUCUGAAGCGUCACGCACUGUUCUGUUGUUGGUGCUGCCAUUUUAAUUUCUCCUCGGCCUUCAACUCUUGUUUCCGUUGAUGAAAGCAGGCAUUAAGAUAACAUGCGUGGGGGCGCCUUGCUUCUCUGGACCCUUCCCUCUAGUAGAAGCGGAGCAAGUUGGCCUUGGUUUUCAAGG